UUUAUUAAACUCUUUCCGCUCUCUCUCUCUCUUGCAACUAUGCUGGUGAGUGUGGGAGGACCCUCUUUGAACUUUCGGAGGAAUUGAUGCGACCUCGUUUUGAAAUGGGAAUUCGGUAGGAGACAAAGGAAGAAAAUUCUUGUUGAUUCGAGUUGGAUUUAGCUUGAAUGUUGAGAUGGGUUUCUUGAGUACUUUACUGAGUUUAUGUGGAUUUGGAGUUGGAGUUUCUUCUGGGCUUGUGGUUGGUUACUUCUUGUUCAUCUACUUCCAACCCACUGAUGUUAAGGAUCCCGUUAUUCGCCCAUUGGUUGAGCAUGACUCCGAAAGUCUGCAGAAAUUGCUCCCUGAAAUACCUCUUUGGGUCAAAAAUCCAGAUUAUGAUCGUGUUGACUGGCUGAACAAGUUUCUUGAGUAUGUGUGGCCUUAUCUAGACAAGGCAAUUUGCAAGACUGCAAAGAACACCGCAAAACCCAUUAUUGCUGAGCAAACCGCAAAGUACAAUAUUGAAUCUGUUGAGUUUGAAACAUUAACUCUUGGGUCACUUCCACCUACUUUGCAAGGUAUGAAAGUCUAUUUAACCGAUGAAAAGGAGUUGAUAAUGGAACCAUCCAUCAAAUGGGCAGCUAAUCCUAAUAUCACUGUUGUGGUCAAAGCAUAUGGGCUGAAAGCUACUGUUCAGGCAGUAGAUUUGCAAGUUUUUGCUGCACCACGUAUUACCUUGAAGCCUCUGGUUCCGAGCUUUCCAUGCUUUGCCAAAAUUUUUGUGUCACUCAUGGAGAAGCCACACGUUGACUUUGGGCUGAAGCUCUUAGGGGCUGAUCUUAUGUCAAUCCCAGGGCUGUAUAGGUUUGUCCAGGAUAUUAUUAAAGAUCAAGUAGCUAGCAUGUAUCUGUGGCCUAAGACCCAUGAGGUUCAAAUUCUGGAUCCUACAAAAGCCAUGCAGAGGCCUGUUGGAAUUCUCCAUGUGAAGGUUUUGAGGGCAGUAAAGCUGAGAAAGAAAGAUCUAUUGGGUGCAUCUGAUCCUUAUGUAAAAUUAAAGCUCACUGAGUCAAAACUUCCUUCCAAGAAGACAACUGUGAAGCAUAAGAAUUUAAACCCCGAAUGGAAUCAAGAAUUCACUAUGGUUAUCAAAGAUCUGGAAUCACAGGUGCUUGAGCUUAGCGUGUAUGAUUGGGAGCAGAUUGGAAAACAUGAAAAGAUGGGAAUGAAUGUAGUUCCUAUGAAGGAACUUACUCCUGAUGAGCCAAAGGUUUUGACGUUGACUCUAUUGAAGAGCAUGGAUCCAAAUGACGUUUCAAAUGAUAAGGAACGAGGGCAGAUCAUGGUGGAAUUAACAUACAAACCUUUCAAGGAGGAUGAUUUGACAAAAGAUUUUCAGGAAUCAGGCACUGUGCAAAAGGCCCCAGAAGGAACACCACCUGGUGGAGGUGUUCUUGUGGUUAUCGUCCAUGAAGCCCAAGAUGUAGAAGGAAAGCACCACACUAAUCCAUAUGCACGGAUUAUAUUCAGAGGGGAGGAAAGAAAAACUAAGCAUAUAAAGAAGAACAGAGAUCCAAGGUGGGAGGAGGAGUUCCUGUUCAUGUUAGAUGAGCCUCCGGUGAAUGACAGGCUUCAUGCAGAAGUAUUGAGCACUUCAUCAAGGAUAGGUCUAUUGCACCCAAAGGAAUCCUUGGGAUAUGUUGAUAUCAGCCUGUCGGAUGUUGUUAGCAACAAAAGGAUCAACGAGAAGUUCCAUCUAAUAGAUUCCAAGAAUGGGCGAAUUCAAAUUGAGCUGGAAUGGAGGGAAGCAUCUUGAGCUCGAGAUUCCAACAAUCAUCAGAAUGCAGAAAUGUCUUGAAUUUCGUAGUGGUGAUUUGAUGGCUGAGGAUGUCACCUUCUUUAUCGCGGUCUUGACACAGACGAACAUUACUUGCAUGUUUGUUGUUUGUUCACAGUGAUACCAAUAAAAGCUCGUCUUGCUUCCAUUUUUUUA